AAAGCGAGCGCAGUCAGCUGUCACAGUGUGAAAGGCGAGGAGAGGGAUCGCAGCUGGGGCUAUAAUGUCUGAUCUAAACACCAAGUUCAGCGGUUACACAAUGACUCAACUCAACGAAUUCUUGGAGGACGACGAGAAACUCACCAAGAUGGUUCAGGAGAUGGACGAGAUGCAGGAAGUCCAGAACAGCAAGGAGAAGACAUUGGUCAGCAACCGAACCCUGGCAGAACAAAACCUUGCUCUGCAGCCCAGACUGGAGCACAAGAAAGAGCAGCUGACCAAGACCUACAACAACCUGCAGGAAAGCUUUGAGUCGUAUCAGCUACGAAAGUCCACCCUAGACCAUCAAUCAGGAAACACUUCUCUGGACACUUUGCUGGCCCUCCUGCAGGCCGAGGGCGCUCAAAUAGAGGAGGACACAGAGAACAUGGCCGACUCCUUCCUGGAUGGGGACAUGACCCUGGACUCCUUCAUCGAUGCGUACCAGAGCGACAGAAAGCUGGCUCAUUUGCGGAGGGUUAAGAUUGAAAAGCUGCAGGAGAUGGUGCUGCAGGGCCAGCGGCUCCCCCAAGCCUCUGCCCCUUCCUCCCGAUGUCAGGAUGUGUCAGCAGCACCCAGGUCUUCAUCCUCCUGUCUUCUGACAGAGCCCAGCAGCAGCAGCUCCUCCCCUCUAGCCCAGCCCAGGAGGAAGCCUCCCCUCCCUCCAGCCCAAGCAGCCCCAGCUCUGAAUACUGUUCCAGCUGCCCAGCCUCCGGUCUUCUUCUCAGCAUCACCAUACCCACCAAUCCCUCCCCGAACAGGCCAACCAUUCCCCAACGUCUCCUCUGGCUACUCCAACCACUUCCUGUCUCAGUACCCCCCUGCUCUGCCUCAGAGGCCCAGUCCUCGCGUGGCCCCGCAGCCUGGCUUCAUCAUGCAGUAAAUCAAGGGCGGGCAGGGCGUCUCAGACUUUUCACAACUGGAUCUUCUAUAGGAACAUUUCUUCUAUGUCGUCAGCCUUUUAUGAAUACGACCAAUCACACCACGAUGCAGACCUGCUCUGGCUGCUCUGGUCAUGUUCAUCUGAAGCGAGACUUUUCUGGAUUAGGGCUCUACUCUCCAUGCCAUCAACACUCCAGACACAACAAGACCGGCCUAGAAUUCUGACAGCCUGGGCCCUCGCAGGCUGUACUGAAACACGUGUACCCUGAGCUGGGACUUUUUCAUUUAUCUGCACUUUAUGUCUCCACAAAGUCUCCCAAGCUCUGCAUGCCAAUUCUUCUCUUCUCUCUUAGCCUUUUCAUUUGACGUGUUCUUCAAUCUUUUAAAGGGCACAAAAUCAUCUCAGAGAACACGUCGUUACUCUCUGCAGCACACUCAUUCACUGCUAAUGGAUAUGCAAGCAAGGAGAGACCCUGAUCACUGUGCAAUUUGAACCCAAAUAUUCUCCCAAUAUAUUCAGGCAAAAAUUGCAACUAUACUGUGAUUCUUUAUAUUAAAAUUAAAUCACAAGGUACUUUUUAUGAUCUAUAACUAAUGGGGUUAUGUUGAUAACAGUCAGGGUAGAACAAUGAACAAGUCUCAUUAACAUGUGGAUGUUCCUAAAGAGGGGGGAGGAGCUAUUGAAACAAACUAACAAGCCGAUUGGCCCUUGCCUGAAAUGAAGGAUUUCUGUAUAGCCAUACAGUGCACUCCUUAUGUGUUGUUUUUUGGGAUAUUUUGGUUAUGAAACAAUCCUUAAUGAUGUUUUUUGUUUUGAACUCCACACAGGAUAAGGGAGGCAAUGCCAACGGUUCAUUGGCUCUCAUAUGGACCUGCUCAGUUUUCCUCUCUGAGCACCAAAGACUCCCUACAUUAGCUCUUUGUUUUUGAUUCUUUCUAAAGUGAAACAUUUAUCGAGGUAGUCCAUGUUCGUUCCCUACAUAUCGGUGGUGAUUCUGUUAGCCAGACUUUCCACAUGUGGAACUUGCAAGAUGGUGGUCUUGGCUUCAGGAGGAAUCUUUUUUUGGUGCGAUUUUAAAAAACACCUCAUUCUUCCCAAAGGCUGUAUCUCGCACUGUUGAAGAGCCAUGAGUGCCUACACUUGAAAUCAUCAUCAUGUCCUGCUGACAAUGACAUCUUUCUCCAUGCUCAUCUGUAGCCCCCCCCCCCCCCCCCCCCCCCACACCCUUCAAAGAAACAACUGGCCUAACAUCUGGUUUCCCUCCUCCUGUCUGUUAGGGUUCAAUUUCUUUAGCAGAGGGCGAGGAUAGAGUGAUACUAAACAUGUCUAGGUUUUGAUUCUCUUUCAUUCUUCCAGCAUCGUUUUGAGGUUUUCCCCCGGGGUUGACAUUCAGCGUCUCUGCAUGUUUUGUUGCUGUUUAACGUUUAAUUUUGUAAAAAUAACAGGGCUCAGGAAUGUUUUCUGUAAUCAUUUGGUGAUACUUUGUCACCCUAAGCUAAACUUCUUUUCCCACUAAAUAGACAAAGCUUAUUGUCAGGAGGCAAACAACAAAAGGUUCCCAUUAACAUCUCCAUGAACCAGCUAACAGCGGAUCAUUCUGUCUGCAUGCUCUUUGUGUUUGCUCUCAAGAUUUCUCUUUAAUACUUUUUUAAGCUGCUGAGCUGCUUUUUACUUUUCAACUGAUCCUCUGUAUGCAUUGUUUUCUGUGUUUGGUGACCUUUUCAGUGUAAUGUUGUAGUUAUUUACUUAGUACAGCUGAAUGUUUAAGUUGAAUUCAAUGUUAUUUUCAAGUUCAAUAAAUCUCAAAGUUUUGUAUCAGA